AUGAGCGCGCUUCCCGCCAGCUAUCUUACGGCGACCGAGACGAUAUUUCUCGUCCGCGCCGGCAAGCUCACUAUCACCGAAAUCGCCGAGGCUCACCUUGCGCGGUAUGAUGAGCGAGACUCUGUCAUCCAUGCCUGGGCAUACUUCGAUAGAGAGUAUAUUCUGAGGGAGGCGAAAAGGCUGGAUGCCAUCCCCGAGAGCGAGAGGGGACCACUGUACGGUGCGGUGCUUGGAAUCAAGGACGUCAUUGAUACAAAAGAUAUGCCGACCCAGCACGGAUGUCCUAUCUACCAAGAUCACCGGCCGAAUGUUGACGGAGGACCGGUUGGCAUAGCUCGAGCUGCUGGCGCUUUACUCAUCGGCAAGACGCACACUACAGAGUUCGCUGCUAGUCACGUCGGUACUCCCGCCCGCAAUGCGUACGACCAGGAUCGUACACCCGGGGGAUCCAGCUCAGGGUCUGGCGCGGCUGUUGCGGACUGGCAAUGUCAUGUAGCUUUCGGCACCCAGACUGCUGGUAGCACAAUAAGACCUGGGAGCUACAAUGGGAUCUUCUCGAUGAAGCCAACGUGGGGCGCUAUCGGCCGGGAUGGCUGCAAAAUCCUUUCCGUCACACUGGACACUGUCGGCUUCUUCGCGCGCUCUAUCGCCGACAUCCAGCUCUUUGCACAGGUCUUCGGCUUGACGGACGACAUACACUCUCCUUCCCCUCCAAAACCGCUCAGUGCGUGCACUUUCGCCUACGUCAAGACCGACCAGUGGAUCGCCGGAUCUGGCCCCUCGCCUGAGCUCGAGCGCGCCUGGUCCAAGUCCAGACAGCUUCUGCUUGACGCCGGGGCGACCAUCAAGGAUGUCGAGCUCCCUCCCGAGUUUGAUAAUGUCGCACCUCGGAAUCGGAAGAUCAUGGCCGCUGAAGGUCGGGUCAACUUCCUACCAGAGUACAUGACCGGCAAGGACAAGCUCGACCCUCUCAUCGUUAGCUUCGUCGAGAAUCGUACCAACAUCAGCAGGAGGGAGCAGCUGGAUAUCUACGACGCCAUGGCGGCUCUCCGACCCAAGCUGGACGCCAUCGCAAGGCAGUACGACGCGAUCGUCACGCCAAGCGUCCCGGGCGAGGCUUGGCUGGGGACAGAGAGCGGGGACUCGCGCAUGUGUUCUCUAUGGACCACACUGCACCUUCCCACGGUACAAAUCCCGGGAUUCGCGAGUAAAAAUGGGAUGCCUAUCGGGUUGACGCUGGCGGCGCCGAGGUACGAGGAUAUGAGGUUGCUUUCGGUGGCUUCAGAGGUAGCCAAGGUCUGGGUACAUGCGGACGAGGAGCUGCUGCGGAAGAUACCAGCUCCCGAGGCCGCGAGGCACUGUAUUCCGUGA